AGACGCAUUAGCAACCAAGAGGUAUAUGAGAGAAGGUGAGGAAGGAACAACUUUGAAAUCACCAGAAUAAAUCAAUGGAAAACAGAGCCGAACCUACAAAUAUGCAAUUACCACAAGAGCAAAUCUUCUUCAACAACAUUGACCCCAGCGACGCAGGAAGGAAUUUCUUUACCACUAAUCCCGGCAUGGCUAUGGCUCAAGACGAGUUCUUGCGUCAGCAGGAAGCCAAUAUAGACGAUUGCUGUGACCCACAUCAGUACCUGCCUCCCACACCAUCGUCUCCUUUAUCAUUUCCACCCGUUCUUACAUCAAGUAUGCAAUCAAGUGCUAGACAUCAAAUCACUGCAGUCACAUCCAGCGAAAACAGUUGCUCUAGACCUUAUCAGCAUUCUCCUUACCGUGAUAACCAAGUUAGCUCAUCCUUUCCCAUGAGCUCCGCUGGCUUUUUUCAACGAGCGCAACUACCAACUGUUCCCACAUCAAAGCAGUUUGUAGGAGACUACAAUUUUGAAAUCUCAUUUGGACCACCAACGGACUCCGCCCCGAAAUCAGCAACCUGGACUUACUCACCCAAAACCUCCAAACUGUACACUAAUAUCGGCUCAUACUGCCCCUUCCAGUUUAAAACAAAUGGUAACUCAAUGAAGCCCGCCUAUAUUCGAGCUGUUGCGAUGUUCAAAGGAUCAAGUAAUCUUCACGAUAUCGUAAAAAUGUGUGCAAAUCAUGCUGAGAACAGUCACGAAGAUCCUCAAAUUCGAAGCAAUUUCUUCAUCCGAAGCAACAAUGCAAACGCUGUAUACCUCGAAUGCCCUCAAACUGGCAGACAUUCCGUUCUUGUUCCAUACAGCGGACCUCAAGCUGGUACGAACUUUGUCACCGAGAUGUUUUCAUUCAAAUGCUUCAGUUCUUGUGCAUCUGGUCAUGGACGGAAACCAAUUGAAAUCAUCUUCACACUAGAAGAUGGCGAAACUGGAGCAAUUCUUGGUCGAUCUUGCGUUGAGAUUCGUGUUUGUGCAUGCCCAGGAAGAGAUCGCCGAUCUGAUGAAUUAAACAUGGAAAAGUCAAGCAAUAAAAGAGCUUCGAAACAAAAAGGUCAGGGUCGUAAGAAAAUGAAAAAGACUUCUCAAGAGGAGUUUAUAUUAACAACUAGCAGCCGGGAAGUUUAUGAUCUUCUUUUAACUAUAAAGACUGCAUUGGAAACAAAAAUGAAGAGUGAAGGAGACGAAGACGACGAUAGUCAUGUGAUCAAACGUGAUCAUAUGCCGUUAGCUUUGUCAGGUCAUGACGGUAUUGUUGACAAGCAAUGUGGUUACACGUCUUGCAUCUGAUCAUCGUCCCCCCUAUCGCCGCCUUCGUAGUGGUAUACAAGUAAGAGUUGCUUUGGGGAAUUUGCAUUUGUGGUUUUGGAGAUGCCUUUUGGUCAUACUGGUGAUUCUUUAUUCAUAUUCGUCGUGAAUUAUUACACUAUCAUUGUAUCAUUCUUAGAAAUUUUUUGUCGUUUGUGUUUUUAAAGUUAUAUGUCGUCUUAAUGACGAUUUUUAUGUUUUCAUGCAAAUUUCAUUAAUGAUUUAUGAAUUUUGCAAGGUUUAAAUUCUGCACCAAAGGGGAAGUGAUUGUCCUGAGUAUGAUUUGUUGGUAUGUAACCUGUCCUAUAACUGUUGAUAGGGCUCACGUGGAAUAUUGUAUGUUGUACCACUGUCUUAAGACGCAUGUCGAUACACUUGAAUUUAUCGAUUCGAAAUUGGUUGUAUAAAUGGGUGUGAUUCAUCCCGGAAAAUUGAAAAAUGUAAAAUUUUGCUAUCGACAUAGCGUUAAUGUUGUUGCUGUGUUUUAUCAAUGUCCAUUUCAAUGUUUGUACAUGUUCGAAAUUUUUCCAUAAUUUUUUGAUGAAUGUGUCUGCGCACAAAUUAGGAAUGUAAAAUUAUGACGUUUUGUAUGAAGCUCGGAUUUGUUAAGCAGUUUUGCACACGAUGUAACGUAGACACGUUACUUCCUUUUUUCAUCCUUUACUUUAUCUUGAGUUAACCGUCUCUUCGAACAAAAAAAGUUCAAAUUGUACACAGUUAAACAAUGACGCAUUUGCACCAUUGUUUUGAGACGAAUGAAAGAAAACUGCUACUAUUCCAGCUUUUGCAUGACGUCAUUCACAUAUGCGCGAUAUUUGGCUUGAUCUUGAUCUGCGAUGAAACUUCCAUGAAAUAAUGAUGAAUUUAGUUCUUAUGUUAUGUAAAUUAGACUUUCCUAUAACUGCCAAUUAUUUAAUGCACAUCUUUGGUCAACAAAGCUAAGUAUCGCGUGUUCUAAAUUAAAUUUGGGAAUGGACUAUAUGAGGCGGAGUUGCAUGUUUCCAUACACCACAAUCUGAACAUAUAAUCCAUUCCCAAAGCUCAACUUUUUCAUACAUGUGUUUUGAUAUUACUCGCCAUAGCAUCCUCUCACCGUCUAAAAUAAAAGACAUUCUACCCAAAAAUUUAAUACUCAUUUCAAAAAUUAAGUAGCUAUUUUCAAAGUUCAACACAUGUAUGCAGAAGUUUUGUGAUUGUUCUGUCCAAUUAGAUAUACUUUCAAAAGUUAAUUAGUAGAGUCACCCGAGGCAACAAGCUGCAGUAAUAAUCUUGGUAUCUCCGUAUCGGUCAAAUGAGCGUAAGGUCCAUGUCAACACAUGUCUCGUUUCUUGUCGAUGAACUUUUUGGAGGAAAUGUCAGGAUUUUUAUUGUUGUAUCAUCUCCGUGAUUAUUUCCAUUUUAUUCAAUGCCUGAAAUUCGCAAAAUUUUACACCAUUUAUCUAAUGAUUAACUUUUGGGGGUAUAGUUCUUACCGAAAUAGUAGGUAGGGAACAUUGUUUUGGUAGCAUGCAGAUAAUGAAUAGGUCAUAUUUCUUUUAGACUAUGUUCUAUUCUUCGCUAUAGUUCUUUCACUUAUUUUAUUCUCAGACUACAAUUUAAAUUUGUCAGUAUUGAAGCACUUGCCAGUCAAUGUUCUCCACUUAAUAUUUUUGUAAAUUGAUUUUGUUCAAAUUAUGUUGAAUAACUGAUUUUGAUGUAAAAAAUCAUCACCGUUGUUACAAGGAAUUGCUGCCAUUGCCUCCGUAGUGAUCCUUUCAACAACGGUCGUGGUUUAUUAUCUCCUAUUUUGUCUAAAUUUUGUUAGACUUUUAUUAACCAUACGUUUUUUGUAUGUUACAUUAUGUACUGUUUUGAGUACGCUCUAGCCAUAUUGGUGAUUUUUGAUCUAAUAAAGAUUAUAUUUGUGUCA